GCAUCGUAUUGUACUUCAACUUUGCUGAUUGACUCUCCUCCAAGUCCAGAUAAGCAGACACCUGAGAACACUCCAAAUCGGCCAUGGCGACGAUGUCGUUUACGAAGAUUACUAUUAUAGCCGUGGCGCUCCUGGCGGUAUCCGUCUGCGCGAGCGACAACAAUCGGGUGUUCUCACCGUGCUUGGACACGACGGUGGCAAGGUCUGACGGGUUUACUUUCGCGAUCGCGUUCGCGUCGAGGAACUCGUUCUUCUACAACAACACCCUCCAGCUGUCCCCUUGCGACAGCAGGCUCGGCCUCUCCUCCAACUCUCAGAUCGCACUCUUCAGGCCCAAGGUUGACGAGAUCUCCCUCCUCACCGUCAACUCUUCCUCCCUCACUCCGGAGGACUCUUACGGGUAUAUGGUUGCAUUUGCGGGUCGGAAGUAUGCUGCAAGGUCCACUCCUGCUUUUGUUGCAAAUGGUUCAUACACCGUAACUAGUUUUACUCUUGUGCUUGAGUUUCAGAAGGGCAGGCUGCAAAACUUAUAUUGGAAACGGGAUGGUUGCGCCAAAUGUUCUGGAAACUUUGUCUGCCUCAACAACCGGGAUUGCGCAAUCAAAACAUCCAGUUGCAAGAUCCGUGGAGGCACUGUAGACUGCAGUCUUGGGAUACAAUUGGCAUUCUCCGGCACAGAUAAGCACCUUUCAGCUCUCAACUCAUGGUAUGAAGUGGAAAACCUUCGUCAGUACUCACUUUAUGGCCUUUAUUCAAAUCUCAAGGAUUCUCUCACUAGCCAGUAUGACAAGAUCUUCUAACUGCACUUGGGCUGGUAAACGAUCUUCCAUAAACGAUAAACGAUCUUCAGAGUUAUGGACUGUAUAUAUAUAUGUACUCUUUCCCUUCUAAUUGUAAAAUUUAUAUACUUAAACCUUUUUUUGUAAGUUUUUAUUCUACUUGUCUAGGAUUUAACAGACUUUGCAGCCUUAACACACUUCAAUUCCAUAAUUUUAUCCCAAUCUUGCUAGUUAACGUUGUGAA